GCGCGCUUAACCAACUGAGCCGCCCUGGCGCCCUUGGAGACGUGAUUUUUUUCAAGCGUCUUUGUUUGCGAAGAAGUGUCAGAGUUCUGGGAGCGGACAGGCAGUUCUACGCUUUCACGCACAAGUUCCUGGAUAGGGCGCCUCCAGGCCGGUGUUAGGCUCCGACACCUAACCUCCGGCGCCCGCUGUCACUCAGGCGUGAGGGGGCGAGGCCUUGAGAACUGUCCAAUCAGGGGCGGCGGCGGCGCGGUGGGUGGGGCGCCGCUCCGCAACCACCCCGGACGUCCCUGCGCUUUUCAGCCUCCCUGGGGAUCGCGGGUCGCCUGGAUUUAAAGGUGCCACGUUGCUCAAGCCGCCGUUAUUUCGCGCUGUGAGCUACACCGUGGGCAGUGCUCUAAGGACGGCCGCCGGGGGACCCAGGAAACCUAGAAAUGGACUCAGUGGCCUUUGAGGAUGUGACUGUGAACUUCACCCUGGAGGAGUGGGCUCUUCUGAAUCCUUCCCAGAAGAAACUCUACAGAGAUGUGAUGCAGGAAACCUUCAGGAACCUGGCCUCAGUAGGAGACAAAUGGGAAGAUCGUAACAGUAAAAGUCUGUAUGAACAUGAGACAAAUCGAAGGCGCGUGGUAGAGAGUCCCUGUCAAAGUAAAGAAGGUAGUCAGCGCGGAGACCCCCGCCGCCAGAAUCCAAGUCCUAAGCAGAUAAAGAAGAUUUCUACCGGAAUCAAACUCCGUAAAUGCAGUUUCUGUGGACAGGUGUUCAGGCAUCAUUCAUCCUUCAGCAGGCACAUGCUCUCCCACACUGGCCACAAACUGUACCAGUACCAGGAAUACGAAGAGAAGCCUUAUAAGUGUAAGGAGUGUGGGAAGGCCUUCAAACAUCGCCAGUCCAUCCGCGUGCACGUCAGGACUCACACCGGCGAGAAACCUUACAAGUGCCAGCACUGUGGGAAAGCCUUCAAGCACUGCCAGUCCAUUCGCAAGCAUGAAAGGAUCCACACCGGCGAGAAGCCCUACGCGUGCAAACAGUGCGGAGAAACGUUCCGGUACCGCCACAACUUCCAGAAACACGAGCGGACGCACACCGGAGAGCAGCCCUACAGGUGUAAGCACUGUGGGAAAGCCCUCAGUUGUCUCAGCUACUGCCGGGUUCACGAGCGAACUCACACCGGCGAGAAACCGUACGAGUGUAAGCAAUGUGGGAAAGCCUUCAGUUACGCCAGUUACAUCCGAAUACACGAGAGAACUCACACCGGAGAGAAGCCUUAUGAGUGCAAGAAGUGUGGGAAAGCCUUUAGUUGCCCAAAUUACUUUCGAAAACAUGAGAAAACGCACAGCGGGGAGAAACCCUACGAGUGUAAGCAGUGCGGUAAAGGCUUCAGCUGCCCCAGGUCCUUCCGCAGUCACGAAAAGAGACACCGGGGCGAGAAGCCGUACGAAUGUAAGGUAUGCGGUAAAACCUACAGCUGCCCCGUAUACUUUCGAAACCAUGAAAGGAGACACAGCGGGGAGAAGUCCUAUGAAUGCAAAAUCUGCGGGAAGUCCUUCAGUUGUCCCAAGUAUUUUCGAAAACACGAGAGAAGUCACACGGGCGAGGAACCCUGUGAAUGUAACGACUGUGAGAACGCUCCCGUGAGUCCUCUCGCGAUAUUUCAAAGGCACGUGAUGAAGGCCACCGGAGAUGGACCUUACAAGUGUAAGGAGUGCGGGAAGGUCUUCGACUGCCCCAAUUACUUUCGGUGUCACGAAAAGAUCCACAGUGGAGAAAAGCCAUACGGAUGUAAGGAAUGUGGCAAAGCCUUCAGUUCCUCCAUGUCCCUUCAAAACCACGAAAGAAGUCAUAGUAGGAAAAAACCUCAUGAAUGUAAGGAAUGUGGCAAAGCCUUCAGUUUUCCCUGUUCCCUCCAGAAACACGAAAGAAGUCACACCGGGGAGAAACCCUAUGAAUGUAAACAGUGUGGGAAAGCCUUCACUUACCUCAGUUCUAUGCAAAAACACGAAAGAACUCACAGUGGAGAGAAGCCGUAUGAAUGUAAGCAGUGUGGGAAAGCCUUCAUUUAUCUCAGUUCUAUGCAAAAGCACGAGAGGACCCAUAGUGGAGAGAAGCCGUAUGAAUGUAAGCAGUGUGGGAAAGCCUUCAUCACUCUCUCAAACGUUCAAAGGCACAUGAUAAAGCACACCGGAGAUGGACCUUGUAAAUGUAAGGAGUGUGGGAAGGCCUUCGAUUGUCCAAGUUCGUUGCGAACACACGAACGGACUCACACCGGGGAGAAACCCUAUCAGUGUAAACAUUGUGGUAAAGCCUUUACUCGUCCCAGUUCCCUACGAAACCACGAGAGAACUCAUAGCGGAGCGUAACCGUAUGAAUGUAAGGAGUGUGCGAAAGCCUUCGGUUCCAGUUCUUUCUGAAUACACGAGAUCACUCACACUGGAGAGAAACGCUCUGCGCACAAACAAUACGGUCCGGUCCUACUCGCUGUUACCUUCAUAUACACGGAACUCCUACUAGAGAGAAACCGAGCGGAAGGAAAGUGGUGAAAGCCUGCCUUUAUCACAGUCUUUCGAGGACGCACGGGUGCACGCCGGGGAGAAACCGUAUGAAUGUAAGGGACGUGGGAAGGCCAUCCGUGCAUGUCCGUGAGAAGCCACAGAAGAACCCACACCGGAGAGGGUAGUCUUGAAUGUAAACAUUGUAGGAAAAUUCACUUGCCCCACCUCCUUGCAAAGCCACAAGAGAAUGUAUAAUGGAUAGAUACUUUAUAAAGGAACACCUUCUGAUUUUAACAAAUGUUUUCAAAGUCCUUUGAAAACUGCACUGGAAGGAAAUCCCAUUUUUGUAAGUAAUAUGGGUAAGCCUGGUGCAAAUUAAUUAGUGUAUGACCCUCCCCCAAAUUCACAACACGAAAGAAACGUUAUUAACAGUAUACAUAAUAUUGUCUUCAUCAGCGGCUUUUUUGUCUCCAGUUUUAUUGGGAAAAGUUAAUAUAUUACUGCAUAAGUUUAAGGCAUGUAGCCUGAUGGUGUGAUUUACAUAUUUUGUGGAAAAGGUACAAUGGCUCGUUUUUGUUUUGUUUAACGUUUAUUUAUUUUUGAGAGAGACAGAGAGAGAGAGGGAGCUACAGAAUCCGAAGCAGGCUCCACGCUCCGAGCUGUCAGCACAGAGC